CCUGCCAUUCUAACUUUCUAUCAGGCUAUAAAUUUUAUGGGCAUAUCAGUGUCAUUGUUAUCAUGGGUAUCAUUUCAGAGAUUGAAACUAUUCUAGUAAAACAAGGUAGCUACCAAAAGAAUUCCAAGAUGACAUUGAGUUCAUCCCUGAGUUUCAAGAAACCCGAUACGUGCAUGAAGACUGUUCGUAGUUGCUUAGGCCAGGAGGUUCUUCAAGACUCAUUGAAUUUAGAAGAAUGGGAAAUCGAUAAAGUUUCAAAGCAGAAAUUAUUUUCUCCGAGGCCAACAAGUGAACUUGAUGCAGCAGCUGUUAUGCUGCAGAAAGUGUACAAGAGUUACCGAACUCGAAGAAAUUUGGCAGAUUGUGCAGUUGUUGUCGAAGAACUUUGGUGGAAAGCAUUAGACUUUGCAUCUUUGAAGCAUAGCUCAAUUUCAUUUUUCAAUGUUGAGAAACAAGAGACAGCAAUCUCACGUUGGGCACGAGCUCGCACAAGAGCAGCUAAGGUUGGUAAAGGUUUGUCCAAAAACGAUAAGGCUCAAAAGCUAGCUCUUCGGCACUGGCUUGAAGCUAUUGAUCCAAGGCAUCGAUACGGGCACAAUCUUCAUUUCUACUACGAUGUAUGGUUUUCCAGUGAGAGCACAGAACCAUUUUUUUAUUGGUUGGAUGUUGGAGAUGGAAAAGAUGUGAAUCUUGAGAAAUGUCCGAGGACAAAGCUUCAACAACAAUGCAUCAAAUAUCUCGGACCGAAUGAACGGGAGGCUUAUGAAGUCAUUGUAAACAAUCAGAAACUCAUAUAUAAACAAAGCAAAAUGCUCGUGAACACCAACAAAGGUUCAAAGUGGAUAUUUGUUCUCAGCACAUCCCGAGCGCUCUAUGUAGGACAGAAGAUAAAGGGAGAAUUUCAGCAUUCGAGUUUCCUAGCAGGUGGGGCAACAAUAGCUGCAGGGAGAUUGGUUGUCGAAGAUGGAAUUCUUAAGGCUGUAUGGCCAUACAGUGGUCAUUACCUUCCAACCGAAGAGAACUUUAAAGAAUUCAUCAACUUUCUGCAGGAAAACAGUGUUGACCUCACCAAUGUUAAGAGGUGUUCAAUUGAUGACGAUGAAUAUCCAACAUCCAAGAAACCUUCUCUUAGUGAUGAAUACUUGUCAUUCAAGAACCCGUCUCUUGGUGACGAAAACCUAUUGUUUAAAGAACUCGACAUUGACCCUAUGGCUGAUGCAUCUGAGGCUGCAGAGCUUUCACAAUUCUCUACCACAAAAAAUGAAACAGAACUAGAUAUAAACACGGUGGAUGAUAAUAAUUUGAAAGAGCCAAACAUGGUUGAAUUUGAUAUUCACAAGGAAAUCGAGCUGAGUAAACAUCUGUCUUGCAAGUGGUCUACUGGAGCUGGACCGCGCAUUGGCUGUGUAAGAGACUACCCGGCCGAUCUCCAAUCACGAGCACUCGAACAAGUUAAACUCUCACCAAGAAUUCCUCCAUCCCCAUCUAAAGGACCAAUACCUUCGCCUCGUCCUAGUCCUGCUCUAAGGCUAUCUCCGAGGCUUGUUUAUAUGGCAUUUCCGGCUCCUCCAACAAUCAGUCUUACUCUUCCAAAACCAAAGAAUAAGUCAUCUGCUUGAGGUCUUCAUUAAUGGCAGAGUGUAGAGAUUGUUGCAAUACUAACCUUCAACACCGAGUUUUUGUAUACUGAUCAACUCUAGGCUGAAAAAUAAAACAAAUUAAAAGAUAGUUUUUUUUUUCUGAUUCAUUUUCUUGACCUUGUAUACAUUGUUUUUAACACUUAAAACAUUGUUCAUUAGUUCAUUGUAUUUCAGGUGCCAUGAAUUCAUGGUAUACAGGAAAGAAUGGGUCUCUUGUUGUAUUAUGGUGCAGAA